GCGUUUCGGGUUACUGUGACGGGACAGGCUCUCCCAAAAAAGCAGCCAGAGUCCGUGACACGUGUGGAGUUGUUCACCAGGGCGAAUCCGUGAGACACAGUGGUCUGUCUCUCUGCCUUUCCGAAUCAACAUGGGACGAGGGUUUGGUCGUGAGGGCAGCGCCAAUGCUGCAGAGAAGGGGGGGAAGAGGAAGAAGAAAGAGAAGGAUUUAGAUGAACUAAAAAAAGAAGUGUCGAUGGAUGACCACAAGGUGACGCUAGCGGAGUUAAGUGAGCGUUACGGAGUGGACCUUUCCAAGGGCCUGACGAACAGGCAGGCGCUGGAGAUCCUGGCUCGGGACGGGCCCAACGCGCUCACACCGCCCCCCACCACGCCGGAGUGGGUGAAGUUCUGCCGCCAGCUGUUCGGCGGGUUCUCCAUCCUGCUCUGGAUCGGCGCCAUCCUCUGCUUCCUGGCCUACAGCAUCCAGGCUGCCACUGAGGACGAGCCCGCCAACGACAACCUGUACCUGGGCGUGGUCUUGGCCACCGUGGUCAUCAUCACCGGCUGCUUCUCAUACUACCAAGAAGCCAAGAGCUCCAGGAUCAUGGACUCCUUCAAGAACAUGGUUCCUCAGCAAGCGCUGGUGAUCCGGGAAGGGGAGAAGCUGCAGAUUAAUGCUGAGAACGUGGUGCUGGGAGACCUGGUGGAGAUUAAGGGAGGGGACAGAGUCCCGGCAGACCUGAGGGUCGUCUCCUCCAACGGCUGCAAGGUGGAUAACUCAUCCCUGACAGGGGAGUCUGAGCCUCAGACUCGCUCUCCAGAGUUCACCCACGAGAACCCACUGGAGACACGCAACAUCUGCUUCUUCUCCACAAACUGUGUCGAAGGCACCGCUCAUGGUGUGGUUAUCGCCACAGGUGACAACACGGUGAUGGGUCGCAUCGCCACCCUGGCGUCGGGCCUGGAGGUGGGGCAGACGCCCAUCAACAGGGAGAUCGAGCACUUCAUCCAACUGAUCACGGGUGUGGCCGUCUUCCUGGGCGUGUCCUUCUUCAUCCUGUCCCUCGUCCUGGGCUACACCUGGCUGGAGGCCGUCAUCUUCCUCAUCGGGAUCAUCGUCGCCAACGUCCCCGAGGGGCUGCUGGCCACCGUCACGGUGUGUCUAACGCUCACGGCCAAGCGCAUGGCCAAGAAGAACUGCCUGGUGAAGAACCUGGAGGCCGUGGAGACGCUGGGCUCCACCUCCACCAUCUGCUCCGACAAGACCGGGACCCUGACCCAGAACCGCAUGACCGUGGCCCACAUGUGGUUCGACAACCAGAUCCACGAGGCCGACACCACGGAGGACCAAUCAGGCUCCACCUUUGAUAAAACCUCGAUGACAUGGACAGCUCUGUCUCGAGUGGCUGCUCUCUGCAACCGAGCCGUAUUUAAGCCCGGCCAGGACCACACCCCCAUUCUAAAGAGAGACACAGCAGGGGAUGCAUCAGAGUCUGCUCUUCUGAAGUGCAUUGAGCUCUCCUGCGGCUGCGUCCGCACCAUGAGAGACAAAAACACCAAAGUGGCAGAGAUCCCCUUCAACUCCAUCAACAAGUACCAGUUGUCCAUCCACGAGGCUGAGGACACCCCCAGUGGUCACCUGCUGGUCAUGAAAGGCGCCCCGGAGAGAAUCCUGGACAGAUGCAGUACGAUCAUGAUGCAUGGGAAGGAGAUUCCCAUGAACGAUGACUGGAAAGAUGCGUUCCAGAAUGCCUACAUGGAGCUUGGUGGCCUGGGCGAGAGAGUGCUCGGGUUCUGCCACUACAUACUGCCCUCGUCGCAGUUCCCGCGGGGGUUCGAGUUCGACUGCGACGACCCAAACUUCCCCACCGAGCAGCUGUGCUUCCUGGGCCUGAUCUCCAUGAUCGACCCGCCCCGCGCCGCCGUUCCCGACGCCGUCGGGAAAUGUCGGAGCGCCGGGAUCAAGGUGAUCAUGGUGACAGGUGACCACCCGAUCACGGCCAAGGCCAUCGCUAAGGGGGUGGGCAUCAUCUCCGAGGGAAAUGAGACCGUGGAGGACAUCGCCGAGAGACUCAACAUCCCACUGGGCCAAGUCAACCCCCGCGAGGCGAAGGCGUGCGUGGUCCACGGCUCAGACCUGAAGGAGAUGAGCGCGGAGUACCUGGACGACCUGCUGAAGAACCACACGGAGAUCGUCUUCGCCCGCACGUCCCCUCAGCAGAAGCUCAUCAUCGUGGAGGGCUGCCAGCGACAGGGUGCGAUCGUGGCUGUGACAGGAGAUGGCGUGAACGACUCCCCCGCUCUGAAGAAGGCCGAUAUCGGCGUAGCGAUGGGCAUCGCGGGAUCUGACGUCUCCAAGCAGGCCGCAGACAUGAUCCUGCUGGACGACAACUUCGCGUCCAUCGUCACCGGAGUGGAGGAGGGGCGCCUGAUCUUUGACAACCUGAAGAAGUCCAUCGCCUACACGCUGACCAGCAACAUCCCAGAGAUCACGCCCUUCCUCUUCUUCAUCAUCGCCAGCAUCCCCCUGCCCCUGGGCACAGUCACCAUCCUCUGCAUCGACCUGGGAACCGACAUGGUCCCGGCGAUAUCCCUGGCGUACGAGACGGCUGAAAGUGACAUCAUGAAGCGGCAGCCCCGGAACCCGCACACCGACAAACUGGUGAACGAGAGGCUCAUCAGCAUGGCCUACGGACAGAUCGGUAUGAUCCAGGCUCUUGGGGGCUUCUUCACGUAUUUCGUGAUCCUGGCGGAGAACGGCUUCCUGCCCAGCAGGCUGGUGGGCAUCCGGCUGGACUGGGACGACCGCAACAAGAACGACCUGGAGGACAGCUACGGCCAGCAGUGGACGUAUGAACAGAGGAAGAUAGUGGAGUUCACCUGCCACACCUCGUUCUUCGCCAGCAUUGUAGUCGUGCAGUGGGCUGACCUCAUUAUCUGCAAGACUCGACGCAACUCUGUUUUUCAGCAGGGAAUGAAGAAUCGUGUUCUGAUCUUCGGCCUGUUUGCGGAGACUGCCCUCGCUGCCUUCCUGUCCUACUGUCCCGGGAUGGACAUCGCCCUGCGCAUGUACCCCCUAAAAGUGUCCUGGUGGUUCUGCGCAUUCCCGUACAGCAUCCUCAUCUUCGUCUACGAUGAGAUUCGAAAAUUCAUCCUGCGCCGCAACCCUGGGGGUUGGGUGGAGAAAGAAACGUACUAUUAGUUGGUGGAGAAUGUGGGCCUUUUGAAUUUUACUGCAUGAAAAUAGAAGAUGUGUAAAUGUCAACAGGAUUUAAUAAUAUUUAAGGAGUUUACACACUGGGCGUAUUCCACUGUGUUGCUUUUAUUUCCUGCCCAUAAUACCUCAUAAAAGUGGUGCAAUAGAUGGUACUGUCACUACACAGAAAGAAGGUCCCGGGUUUAAAUUCUGUGUGGAGUUUGCAUCCCUGCUGUAAAAUCCAGCUAUUACCAGCUUGAAAUUGUCAGCUACCAGCUGUUUUUAAAAAACAUUAGCUUGAGCUGGUCAAACCAUGUUGAGCGUGGAGCUGGUCUGAACUGGUCAACCCGAUACCAGCUGUUUCAAAACCUUUUUUCCAGCAGGGAUGUUCUCCCCAUGUGAGUUUCCUCCCACCUGCAGGUUAGGCUAAUUGGACAGUCUAAAUUUCCCAUAUGUAUGAGUGCAUCAGUGAAUGGUGUGUUUAGGCCCUGCGGUGGAUUGGCAACCUGUCCAGGCUGUAUUCUUGCCCAGUGCAUUCUGGGAUAGGCUCCUGUCCUCCCAUGACCCUGACCCUGACCAGGGACAGGUGGGCUAUACAAUGGGUGGAUGGAACUAUCAUAUUCAUACUCUCUUUUUCAUUUGCUUAAUUCUGAAUCAGAAUACUUUCAAGGAACAUUAUUGUGUGGUCAAAAGGUUUAAAAAAAUGUUUGUUUUUUUUGCGAAACAUUAACUGGACAGAGAAUAUCGCACCUACAGGGAUGAUGAAAAUGAGUGAUUACUGUCAUAUUGAAUAGAAAGUAUGCUAUGCGCCCAUGUACUGUGGCUGAUGUAGACUAUGACAACGACAGAUGCGAAUUAAAGCUUAAAAACACAAAA